UGUAAAUCGUGAGAUGCGUGAAGUGACCUGUUCUUGAUUAGUGAUAAGUGUUCUUGGAAUCUCAAAAAAAAUUUCGUAUUUGUGAAUGCAUGAAAUGCUGACAAAAUACGUUCAUUGUUAUUUAAAAUAACUGGAUCAUUUAGAAAAUUUCAUAAAUUAAGCUUUAAAAAAUAAGACUUUUUCAUUCUGAAGCAUAGUUGAGCAUUCGCCAUUUUGAUAUCCGAUUGCAUUUGAUUCAACGUCAUCUAGAACAAUACUAACUACAAGAUAAUUACAAAUAUUUGGAUCAUGGCUCAGUGGCCAUUCGCUGCAAUGCCACCUAUUGCUAAUAAGCCACCUAUGACUGUGGGAAUGCCUGAAGCAUGGCAAAAGGCCAUAGAAGCUCUACAAGCUGUCCAACAGCCUAAAACAACUGAAGCUUCUUCAGUUUCAGAACAAAAUGGUCCAAUUAAUGAUUUUUCUACAUUGGGAUGGCAACAUCAACAGCCCAUCUAUCCAACAUAUCAUGGAUUUACUGGUUAUCCUCCAAAUUAUGGAUAUUAUAAUUAUAAUUUUGGCUAUCCUUAUUUUAUGAACACAAUGCAACCUACUACACCAAUGCCUACUCUCUUGCCAACUACUCCAUCUAAAGACAAAAUUCCUACAGAUAAAGUAGAAGAAAGAGAGGCAGAAAAUCAUUCUUCUUCAUCUUUGGCGCAUCCACCACCUCCUCCACCAGAUUCACCUCCUGCUUCUCAGCCAGCCUUUUUUACAAAUAUAACAUCUCAGGCUCCAAAUAGUGGUGGAGUAAAGUUCAACUUACCAAAGAAGAACAAUGCUAAAACAACUUUCCAGGCUACCAGACAAGCACUCCAGGAAAGGAUGAAUAAUUUCCGUAAUGGGAACUCUCCUCAGGCUGGAAGAAAUACGGCACAAUCUAUUGGAGGACAAACAAAGGUGUCUUCCAUGUCUCCAGAAGACUGGCCAGAAUCAUUGAAAAACUAUGUGGCAAGGUGCUUUGAUAAAUGUGAAACUAACAUUGACAAGGAUCAAGUUGAAUUAAUAUUAAAAGGAAAAUUAAUGAAAGCUAAUAAUGAUGGAACUUUAAGAACUAGAGAUUGGGACAGUGAACCUUUACCAAGCACUCAUAGUGACAGGUUAAAACAAGAACAACUACAACAGCAGCAGCAGCAACAACAACAACAACAUAAUCAAUCUGUAUAUCAGAAGCUUCAAAAUAAUUUAAAGAAUCAAGACAAAAAAAUGUCUACUCCUAAUUCAAGAAAUUUUCAAAACAAAUCUAGAAUCAACUCUUAUCAUUCCAGAUCCAGGUCUCGUUCAAGAUCUUACUCUAGAUCCAGAUCAAGGUCACGAACUCCUCCUAAAAAAACCUUCCGUAGACGAAAAUAUUCUAGUUCUUCAGAAUCCAGUGGAGACAGUAGAGGUUCAAAGAAAAUUUUUUCUAGUGUAGUUAGUCCUGACACACGUUCUGCUAAGAGUACACCAAACAGUUCAAAAAACAAGAAGAAAAGGAAGAAGGGAAAGCAGCCUUUUACUGUUGAGCCUGAGUUCUGUACUGAUGAGCGAUUGAUGAAGCGUGCUGCACGUUUUGAAACAAAGAAUGGGAAAAGUCCUAAAGCUAAUAUUUUAUUCACAAUAUCUAAUACCCCAUCAUUUACAAUUGAUGAAAAUGAUAAUGAAAUGGAAUGGUAUUCAGAUGCUGUAAUUGGAACAUGUCAAGACUUAGAAAAACCUUUUUUACGACUUACAGGUGCAGUUGAUCCUACUGGUGUUCGUCCAGAAGAUGUAUUAGUAAAAUCCUUAGCAAUGGUAAAGAAGCAUUGGAUUGAAAAUCAGGAUUACCAUUUUGCUUGUGAACAACUUAAAUCUAUUAGGCAAGACCUUGUUGUUCAAUGCAUACGGAAUAAAUUUACUGUGCAGGUUUAUGAAACACAUGCAAGAAUAGCCUUGGAAAAGGGAGACCACACUGAAUUUAAUCAAUGUCAAUCACAAUUGAAAGUUUUGUAUGAAGAGGUCAAAGAAGGAAACAGGCUAGAAUUCACUGGAUACCACAUAUUAUAUACCAUAUUUGCUGAAAAUGAUAUAGAGUUGAAAUAUAUACUUGCAGAUCUGAAAAAUGAUGACAAACAAGAUGAGGUGGUAUCUCAUGCUUUAAAACUUGCUAAAGCAUGUUCAAGUAAUAAUUAUUCUAGGUUUUUUAAGCUAUAUUUAUCAGCUCCUAAGAUGUCAUCUUUUAUAAUUGACUGGUUUAUAGAAGGCAUUAGAAAAGCUGCUCUUAAGGCCUUUAUCAAGUCAUUUCGUCCAAACAUACCGAUUUCGUAUAUUCAAAGUGCCUUAGCAUUUCCUUCUUCUGAGGAGUGUUUGGCAUUUUUAACAAAGGCAAACGUAGUUUUUGCGGACACUGGGCUUAUCAACUGCAAGGAAUCCGUUGGUCCUUUGGCGAACUUCUAAAGCGACUUCCUCUUACCAUCGAUUGCAGCAUCCUUGCUUUGUCAUUCAGAGUGAAAAUGAGGCUGAUUGUUAGCAGAUAUCCUUUUUCAUCGACAAUAGAAUAUAAAAAUUAGUUUUGGAAGAAAAAAAAAGUUUGUUAAUACUGAGAGAAAAUAAUUAACCCGAAGAUGCAGUGACUUUAUACAGUAUAUUAUUUCAGAAGUUGCCUGUCAUUCGUAAUCUACUGCUGUAAUAGGAGAUUUAGUCAAGGAAAUAAAAAGUAUUGCUUUAUGGUGUUUCAAGGAUAAGUAUAUCAAUAUGUCUGGUGUUAAAGAAGAAACUUCAAAUAUGAAGAUUGUUUUAUUGUAGAUCUAAUUAAGAGCAUUUUUGGAGUAUAUACGAGUCUGAGAAAUCCGUGGAGUUCAAAAAGAAACAUCAAAUAUGAAGAUUGUUCUAUUGUAAAUCUAAUGAAGAGCAUAUUUGGAGUACACACGAGUCUGAGAAGAUGCAAGUACAAUGUCAGAAGAUGAUUACAAGUGAGGAAGAGGAAAAGGUGUUUUCUUUUAAUCAUGUAAAAGCUCAGGAGAAUAAUGCCCAUUGGCUAAAAUUCAAGAUGUUUCACUUUAUAGGGACUUGAUGAGAAUUCCUAAAUGUAGAUGGUGAGAGUUUAAAAGCCUGCAAGUUUCGCUUAUUAUCGCGAAGAAAAAUUAUUUGAAGAAGGUAAGAAGAGCCUAUUUUUAAAUUUGCCACUUACGAUGGUCCUGGAUCCUCAACUACAGUUAUCAAAAGUUAGGUCAUGUUCUUUCAUAUUUAUAGGGGAAAUAAUCGUUUUAUUUGAUGAAAUUCCUUUCUCGUUUUGCUUUCAAAGAAAGAAAGAAUGAUUGACUGUUUUCUCAUACCUUCAAUGCGAGAAGCUGUUCCAAGAGUUGAGUUUACUGGUCUGCAGAAAGAAGUUGAAUAAAAAUUAUGUUCCAGCACUAUAGUGCACAAACUGUUUUGUGAAGUUUUAUUGAACUUGAUAAGUAAUAGGAUAGAAAGGGAAGUCUGCUCUCAUUAUCAGCUUCAAGUUUUGAUUUAUUUCUCUUCAUUCAAAUGACAUGGCAAGGGUGUUGUAAUUUUAUACUUGGUGGCAGAAUUUUUACAUCAAGGCCCCAAAGAGAUUCAAGCAGCUCAUAAUCCUUCCUUCUUAGUUUUAUUUUGUUUUACUUUUUCUUUAUUUUUUGCAGUAGGAUUAUACUUGUCUUUUGAUGAAAAUGAUUAGAAAAGAAGUACUUCCAGUUUGCAUCCAAUUUUUAUUUGGUAGGCAGUCUUCACCUCUGCUAGUUUCGAAUUACCUCUCGCCCUUUCUCAUUUGUAGUGUUACUGAAACUACAGAUUACUUUUGAACAUUUUUAAUGCGCAUUUUUUUUCCCUUCAAACAAUGAUUUAAAUUUUAAAAAUUUCUGCAAAAAUACACCUAUUUAUCCUAGUCAUUUUUUUUUUUUUUUUAGUGCAGAAAAAUGAGUUUUUUUAUUUGUGUGAUAAUUAUGAAAUAUAUUCUCGUUGAUACUUUUUUUUUCCUCAUUAUCUAAAGUGUUCAGUUUAUUCUUAUUAAAACAUGUACUGUUAAUCUAUUUAUAGAUAUGGAAAAUUUCUGCGAAUUCUUAUAUUUAUCCUUUUUUUAUCUUAUAGAAUAAGUAAUAAGUAACAUUUUUAUUAUUUUUUUGUCCUGUAUCAUAUAUAAUCAUUCAUUUGUUAAAUAUAUUUUGUAAAUUAAGAUGUAAAGUAAUAGAUAUUUAUUUUUCUUGUAAAUAAUGCUGAAUAUAAUUAUCAUCAUAACUGAUUUCUGAAAUAUUCAAUCAUACUGGUGAUAUUUCUUAAUUAUGUAAAUACCUAUUUCAAUCUUAGCUUACAUUUAUUAUUUACUGCAUGAAUUUCAUUCCAUGUGUAUAAAGAUGUGUAUAUAAAAAUUGUUACUGACUUUA